GCGGCACAUAAAUAAAAAAAAUUUAGCCGCGCACGUGUUGCAUUUAGCGUCCAGGAUUUCGAGUAAAUAAUCUAUUGAACAUGGUGUUUUUUACCUGCAACAUUUGCGGUGAGUCCGUAAAGAAGCCAGCCGUGGAGAAGCACUACCAGACCAGAUGCCGAGGCAACGUCAAGAACGUGUCGUGCAUGGACUGCCUGAAAGACUUCUACGAGGAGGAAUAUGUGGCACACACCAAAUGCAUUUCCGAAGCCCAGAAGUACUCCAAUCAAAACUUUGUGCCCAAGGAGCCUAGGAACAAGAAUGCCCAGAAGCAAGAAAGUUGGAUGGACAUCAUACGCGCCAUUCUCGACAGCGAAGAGUAUCAACUGACGCCACAGCUGCGCAAUGAGUUCCAGCGUCUGCAGAGCGUUGACAAUGUGCCGCGCAAGAAGGCGAAAUUCGAGAACUUUGUGGGCAACUGCAUGCGUAUGCCACGCCACAAGGCUACAGAAGUGUGGAACAUACUCGAGAAGGAGUUGAACAAAAUGAAGGAGGCCAAACAGGCGGAACUUGCAGCUGCCAAGGCAGCGAAACAGAAGCCCGCAGAAGAAGCUGCUGCAGUUGAGGAGCCGCCCAAGAAAAAGUCCAAAGUGGAGAAUGGUGAAGCUGCCACAGAAGUUGCUGCUGAUGAUGCUGUUGCUGCAGAGAACCGCGAAUUCGAUUGGGCGGCACAGCUGAAGAAGGUGUUGGCCAAGCAACCCGGUGCCAUCUUUGUGGAGAAGCUCAAGAAGAAGCUGGAGAAGAAAUACGUAAAGCAUUUGGCUGUGACGGAACUGAGCGAGAAACAAGCAAAGAAAUUUGAGAAGCGUUUCAACAAGCAGCUCAAUAAAUGCAAUGAAGUGAAGCUGGAUGGGGAUCUGGUGAUAGCAUGUUGAUCUGUAAAGCUACAUUUAAGUCUCUCUAGCGUAAUUAAUACUUAACUGUAGACAAGCAUUAAACACAUAAGCAGCAAUAAUUAACUAGA